CACCUGGGCACUGGGCUGGUGCGAGGAGGAGGGACCCAGGGGCAGGUGAGGCGAGGCACAGAGUGGAUACCUGUAGGAGGUGGUUGGAGCCAAAUAGAAGGAGGAAGAGGAGGAGGAGGAGGGUGCUGUGCCGGGACGAAGCUCCCCAGCUCCCCCGGGACAAUGUCUAUUAAAAGGAAGAACUGGUCAGCCCUGUCAAGCUUGGCAAGACAAAGGACAUUGGAGGAUGAGGAGGAGCAAGAGCGAGAACGACGCCGGCGGCACCGAAAUCUGAGUUCAACCACAGAUGAUGAAGCCCCGAAGGUUGCCCACAAUGGAGAUCAGCCGUCAGUGGAGAGGCUCCCAAACCCGGAGGAAGCUGAGGCUCCCAAGCGUCAUUCCUCCAUCAAAGAGGAAGAGGAUGAGAAUUUCCAGGCAGUUCUAAGAACAAGGCAGGAACGGCGGCUUCGGCGGCAAGCCCUGGAGGCUUCCCAGUCCACCAUCCAGGAGCAGCCAGAGGUAGAGAAGAAAAAAGAUAGCGAGGGUGCAGGGUCAGGCACCCAGGAGCCUCCAGUGCCCCAGAAGGAUGUGGUUCCUCCAACCAGACGAAGAUUGAGCCAGAAGCAGAGGGAACUUUGGGCCAGAGAUGAGGAGAGUUCAGAAGGAGGAGAGACAAAGGAUGUGAAGACACCGGACCAAAGGACAGUGUCGACGCCAGAGAGGACACCAGCCCAGGACCAGACAGCUACAGAAAGAAGAAGAGGUUCAGAGAAGACACCAGGCCAGGACCAGACAACUCCAGAGAAAAAAUUAACUUCAGAGAAGAUAUCUGCUUCUGAGAAAUCAUCAUUCUCAGAAAAGCCAUUGGUCCCUGAGGAAGUAUUGGCCCCAAAGAAGGUAUUAGCUGGGGAGAAGAUAUUGACUUCAGUGAAGACAUCAGACCCAGAGAAGGUAUUAGUUUCAGAAAAAGGGUCAGUCUCUGAGGAAUCCUUAACUCCAAAAAAGUUAUCCACUCGGGAAAGGGCAUUGGCUUUUGAGAAGACAUCAGCUCAGGAGAAAACACUGACCCCAGAGAAGGGGACAGUUCGGGAAAAAGUAAUGGCCUCAAGGAAGCUGGACCUGGAGCAGCCCCCAGUUCAAGCUCAAGAGCAAAAGGACUCUAAGAGAGAUGUACCAGAAAAGAAGGAGCAGAAAAUAAGGGAGGCUUCAGAGAAGUCCCCCUCUUCAGAGGAACCUAGAGAGGAGAGGAAGUCAGAACCUCAGGCAGUGACUUCUCGCUUCCAGCCCUUCACCCUGCAGGUGCGGAUCCCAAGCAAAGAGACAGAAACAGAACUGACCUCUCCAAGCCAGGCCACCUACAGCAGUUCCCUCAAACGCUCCAGCCCCAGGACCAUCUCCUUUCGGAUGAACACCAGGAAAGAAAACCCAGAGACAACGUUUACCCGUAGUGCCAGUGUGAGGCUUCCAAGCAACACAGUCAAGUUAGGGGAGAAGUUGGAGAGAUACCACACAGCUAUACAGAGAUCAGAAUCUGUCAGGACUCCAGGUUCAUCCCGGACUGAGUUCUUUGUGGCUCCUGUUGGGGUGGCCAGUAAGAGGAGCCUCUUUGAGAAGGAGCAGACCAGGAAUAGCAGGGCUGAGCCAGCUCUGAGCAGGAAGGAGGACCUGAGACUCUCAGGUGUGGUGACUUCACGGCUCAACCUGUGGGUCAGCAGAACCCAGGACACUGGAGGAGACCAAGACUCCCAGAACACAAGGAAGGAGGCAGCAUCUGCCAAGAAGACCUCAUGGGGAAAGCAAGCCACCUCUCCCACAGAUACCCAGCUUUGACAGGACUUGCUGAAAUGGGAGGGCCUGGAUCUGCAGCCUACAUGCCAGGCCUGGGUAUUUGGUCAAUGCUGUCUUCACUUCUCACUGUUCCCUGCAAAGCUUCCUUUCUAGCCUCUGAAUCUCAGAACUGAUUGGGCCUCAGUCCCUGGAACACCUAAGAAUACCUGAGAGAAGUGUCACUGCCAAAAAGAGUGAAAGGGGAGAGAGAGCUGGGUACUCCAGGUGAAUCUCACCCAGCUCCUUCUUUGCUGAAGCCAUUGGGUCCGGGAACACAUUGACAUCUUUACAUUCUACCCUAGGCACUCUGAUACCUUUGGGAACACUGGACAGGGACCAAAGGCCUUGUCACUCCACUCAAGCCACCUCCAACCUAGCAAAGAGCAGACAAUCAAUCCUGCUCAUCCCUAGGGGAGACUCCAGGAGGGAAGGGGAGGAACUAGAGAUAGCUAGAACAGCCCCCACAGGGGUUAGAGGAGUUAUUUCAAUAUCCUGUCUGAAAAGAUUCCUUAAGUCCUGGCUCAUCAUUAACGUUCCCAGCAGGGCCAUCCCUCUGGAAGGACUGCAUCCCUGGUAUUGCCUCUCACCUCUGCAAGUAACUCCACCUGCCUCUGAUUUACCUCUCUCCCUACAUCCCCCCCCAAAAAACCCUUCCCCCCUUUCCCUCAUUGGCUGUUAAGACCAGACAUCCUGUCCACUCUUAUCUGCCCAGGGCCAAAUGGUCAGCAAUGGAAUUUUGACUUUCAUGUGCCCAGAUGUCCGUUCUUUGGUUUCUUCCCCACCCCCAAGGCAGCCCCUUGAUAUCCCUCCAGCUGCCCACUUUGCUCACGCUCUUUCCCUAAUCUCCCCUGCCAAAAUCUGCUUUCAGCAAAGGACCUGAUAAAUGCAUUCAUGUGAAGGUAUAAGUGACUGAUAGCUUCAACUAUUCUCCCUCCCAGGGGGAUUUGGUUUUAAGUAGGGACCAAAGUUUUAAACUAUGAAGAUUGAAACCAGGUAUGGAAGAUCAGUGCCCUUUAAAUUAUUGCCCAUUUCUGGUUCUCUCUCAAGUCAAAUGUAGGCUGAGCCCUUUCGCUUCCACUGUCUGCUGUGAGGAGACCUGGAGGCCAGAGUCACCCCAUAGGGUCACCCCUGCCUGCUCAGGUUACAAAGCUGAUGUUAUUUAAUGCUAGGUUUCUAUGACCUUUGUGAUGCUUGUUCACUUUGUGGAUUCUCUAGAGCUUGUGUUCACUGCUAACCAACAAACUCCUAUUAACCUGAUACAUUAACCCCUAUGCACUCAGGGAAAGCAAAAUCAUUUAGAAGCCUCAUUUCAAUUUAUAGCCUUCUACAAAUCCAGUGGCAUCUUCCAGAUGCUUUGGCAUUGAUUUUUGGAGUUAUCUGUGGUUUUAGAGUAUCCAGGCUCAUGUGCCUUUCUGUGGAAAAUCAAAAGUUAAUAAUAACCCUUGGAUGCCUUGAGGAAGACUAGAUUGGCAAGGGUAAGAUUGGUGCUUGUGCUGGGCUCAGUAACUGGCCAGGAUCCUUGGUGACUCCUGGGAGCAGCUCAGAGCCCUGGUGGAAGCAGUCAGGCAAUAAACACUAAGCACCCCCUGGGUGACAAGGACUGUGCCAAGCAGGGGCAGAACUGACCCAAUCAUUCAGUUUAUCCCCAGAUAUUUCUUCAGUGUCCAUUGUAUGCCAGGACUGUCUGGGUUGUGGGAGAAAGGGAGUUUAUUUAGAUCUAGAGGUAUUCCUGCCUGACUCGAGGAGUUUUCCUUGUUUCACUCUCAGAAUUGGGCUGAAUUAGUAGGGGACAUCUGAACCCUCCCCACACCCAAGUUAGGAUGCAGCUAGGGCCUUUAGGAGAGAUCAGAGGAUCAUACAUUUUAAACUAGACAGGAACUUAGAAGUUACCUCGUCAAUUUCCCUCAUUCUAUAGAUGGGGAAACUGAACCAAAGAGAUUGUGACUUGCCCAAACCCACCAUUCUUAUUCCAUUGUAGCACAUUGUAGUGUGAUGAAGGUCCCUGCCUUCAGCUGGCUUCCAAGGUCCCCAGAGGUGUUACAGGCCCCUGACCUACUGAUCUAGGUGCAGGGAGCACCAAAUCAGGCAUGGGAACACUUACAAAGACAGCUAAGAUCUGCUCUUCUGCUCACUGAGCUUUUCCUCUAAGGGAAGAAGAUAUAAUAUAAUGAUAUAAAGUGCUGCGAGCUGAGACGAGAGAGGUGUUUUCCAGCUGGGAAGCCUUCAUGGAGGAGGCAGAAUUUGAAGUAGACCCCAAGCUUGAGCUGGUCUCAUGAGCCCUUUCUAGUCUGUUCUCUCUGAUCAUUCUCUCUCCUCACUUGGCAGACCUUGAUGGAAACUGCCUGGUUCCUUGUUCCAAUCAUCCCAGAAUUCCUCUAAGAGUGUCUUUCCAGUGCUGAAAUAAAAUUGUUUCUGACUC